GCAGUACGAUUCAUCAUCUUAAAGGCUUUAGGCUCUAAAAGAAAAAAUAGAAAAAAAAAAGCGACCUAAAGCCAUGUCGAAAGCUUAGUAAAUUUCUCCAUAUAAAAUCUUAACCCCUUAAGAAAACAAGGAAAAAAAAAGAAGAGAUUGUUUAAAUAUUAUAUAAAAAAACUAUUUUUCUGAGAAAGAAAUUUUUUGAAAAACAAAAAAAGAAAGAUGGAGAUGGUUAGGCUGUCAAAGUUGAUGUUUACGUUUUGUAUUGCCGUUCUAAUUCCGACCAUUCGAGGUAACAUUUCUGAGCUGGACGAGUAUUGGUCGCAACGAGCCGACGAAGCCAGAGAAUUCACUCUUCAAGCUUACCAUUCUGAUCCUUACGAAAUCGUCGAUCACUUUCACGAGCGUCACUACGACAACUCUACUGAUGUUACAACGCCUGAGGAAGAUGGUGAUGCGAAGCCCGAAGAGGAGGAAAAAGAGUUCAUUGAAAUGCUCGGAAGCUCGACGAACAGCACCAGACGAAGCCUAAGAGGUAAAGGCAAGGGAAAAUGGAGUAAGCUAAAGGGACCUUGUACCGCAAGUAACCCCAUAGAUAAAUGUUGGCGUUGCCGAUCGGAUUGGGCUAAGCGUCGGAAGAAGCUUACACGUUGUGUCCGAGGGUUUGGUCACAGGACGACCGGAGGAAAACGAGGACGCAUCUAUGUGGUUACAAGCAACCUCGACGAAGACAUGGUGAACCCUAAACCGGGGACAUUGCGUCAUGCCGUGAUUCAGAAGGAACCUCUGUGGAUCAUUUUCAAGAACGAUAUGAGCAUUCGGUUAAACCAAGAGCUUCUGAUUAAUAGCCACAAGACUAUCGAUGCACGAGGAGCUAAUGUCCAUGUAGCCCAUGGCGCAGGGAUCACAAUGCAGUUUGUGAAAAAUGUCGUCAUCCAUGGACUGCAUAUUCACCACAUUUCUGAGAGUAGCGGUGGUAUGAUCCGAGACUCUGUAGACCAUUUCGGAAUGAGGACUAGAGCUGAUGGAGAUGGUCUAUCGAUUUAUGGUUCGUCUAACAUUUGGCUUGACCAUAUCUCGAUGUCGAAAUGUCAAGAUGGACUCAUCGAUGCCAUUGUUGGAUCCACUGGCAUUACAAUCUCCAACUCCCACUUCACUCACCACAACGAUGUGAUGUUGCUUGGUGCUCAAAACACGAAUGAAGCGGACAAACAUAUGCAAGUCACAGUGGCUUAUAACCAUUUUGGUAAAGGACUUGUACAGAGAAUGCCUAGGAUCCGAUGGGGAUUUGUUCAUGUUGUGAACAACGACUACACUCAUUGGGAGCUUUACGCGAUCGGAGGUAGUCAAGGUCCUACGAUUCUCAGCCAUGGAAACCGAUUCAUAGCUCCUCCACACAAACCGCAUUACAGAGAGGUGACAAAGAGAGAUUAUGCUUCGGAGGACGAGUGGAAACACUGGAACUGGAGAUCUGAUAAAGAUGUAUUCAUGAACGGUGCUUAUUUCAGACAAUCUGGUAAUCCUCAAUACAAAUGUGCACACACAAGACAACAAAUGAUCAAACCGAAAAAUGGAUUGGCUGUUUCAAAGCUGACCAAAUAUGCCGGAGCACUUGAUUGCAGAGUCGGGAGACGCUGUUAGAAAAUUUCUUUUAAUUUACUAUUGAUGUUUUAAGGGAAAGACAAUUUUUUCAACAUUUUGAUUUUUUGCUUCUAAUCUAGUUCAGGAAAUAAAUAAUUUCAGGGGUGAAAAUGAUUAAAAAAAAAUUCUAAUUUGUAAAGUUAUUUUUUGUGUUAUGAAAACAAGUUAUAUAAAGAGUAAGCCAUAACAGCUGGUUCUUGUAAUACAUAAUUCACAUUUUGUUUGUUAAACAACCAAAACUAAAUCAUCAAAUACUUUUUUUUGGAUUCAAAUCUGCAUAAAAC